AUGGAGUGGUACAAGAGGAAAGAGGCGGUGGAAGCACUGGUAGUGAGGGGUUUGAUCGGGAUUCAGUUUUUGUAUGCGACCACCACUGUGAUGGUGAGCUACCUCACGUCCCUUGGCCUCGACCCUCUCACUUUUGUCUGCUACUCUUCCUUUGCCACCUUCCUUGUUCUCUCCCCCAUUGCCUUUGCGUUUGAAAGGAGCUUGUGGCCCAACAAGCUCAGCCUGAGGUUGAUGGUUCAACUCGUUCUCAUCUCCUUUACAGGGGUGAUUCUGUACCAAUAUCUGUUCGUGAAGGGGAUUAAACUGACUUCACCGGCUAUCGCAACCACCAUGCCAAACCUUGCUUCUGGGCUUAUCUUCGCCAUCGCAUGGAUUACUAGGAUGGAGAAAGUUAAGCUGAGUUGCUUGUACAGCAAAGUCAAGAUAUUAGGCACGGUGGUGUGUGUUUCAGGGGCCAUCGCAUUGAGCCUAUGCAGUGCCGCUAAAGGGGGUCCCCGCUCAUCUCCCUUGAGUAACGUGAUUUUUGACCAACAAAUGAUCAUCGGUUGCUUAUAUCUUAUUGCAGCAGUCUUAGGCUUAUCAAUCAAUUCCAUCCUGCAGGUAAAUUCUGCUUAAGUGCAUCGCUUUGGCGAUGUUCCAGCACCAAUCUCCAUGGCUGCUAUCAUGUCAUUGGUUGGUUCGAUUAUGGCUGCAGCUGUACAGUUAUUUGAAGACCACAAAUUGGACAAUGGCCGGCCAUUUUUGAGCUUCAGCAUGUUGGUUGCCUUCUCUUUCCUGGGAGGUGGCAUGAUCGGAUCGUGCCUAGGCUUCACUGCUUGGGCCAUAAAAAAGAGAGGGGCAGUCCUUCAAUCCAUGUUUAGCCCCAUCGCAACCGUCUGCUCGGUUGUAUACUCAGCCAUAAGAUUAGGAGACACGAUCAACGUGCCAAGCCUCGCCAGCAUGGUCCUUAUAAUCACCGGCCUAUACAUCGUGCUCUGGGCAAAACGGAAAGAGGGUUACCACCCAAAUGAAGGAGACUGCUUAGAGAGCGGGUUGGAUGCAGAGAAGCCUCUUCUGAGCUGAGAAACAAGGCGCGGAUCCUUGUGAAAAGUUCUCUUUUUUUCUCUCUCCAUCAUUUUGGGUUCAAGAAGGAAAAGAGCAGUUUCCUGCAUGUGACAGAAACCCAUCUGUUCUAUAAUGCAUCACUU